AUGGAACUGAAUAAAUUCCAAAUGUUUUCUCAAGAAACAGAUGAUGAAGUUGACCCUGAUGAUCCAGAUUUUGAUGAUGAAGAUGAAGCCCUAAAUUCAACCAACAAUGACUGGUUAUUUGAUGAUUCUGAGGAAGAAGAUCCUUGUUUAGCAAAUCCUUGUGACAAUGGGGGUACCUGUGAAACGAAAGGCCAAACAUUUGUGUGCCAUUGUCAUCCAUUUUAUGCAGGAAGGACAUGUCAAAUAAUAAACAAUCCCUGUCGGAGGAGUACAUGCAAGCAUGGAGAGUGUGUUCUAACCUUUCAUCCACCAUAUUACAAGUGCAAGUGCAACUAUCCAUUCAAACCACCAGACUGUAAAAAACCAAUUCGCACCUGUUCAAGAAAUCCUUGUAAAAAUGGUGGAACUUGUAGAAGGGGCCUGACAAAAAGAUCUUUUGUUUGCAUCUGUCCAAAAUCCUUCAGAGGUCGAUAUUGUGAAACAGAUUCUAAUGACUGUUAUGAGGGAAAUGGUGAAGAUUACAGAGGCAAUGUUGCUGUAACACAACAGGGAAGGGAGUGUUUAUACUGGAGCUCACACUUGCUUCUAAAGAAACACAUCAAUAUAUUUGAGCCUCAAGCUGAAGAAACUGGCAUUGGAGAUCACAGAUUUUGCAGAAAUCCAGAUGAUGACGAUAAGCCUUGGUGCUUUUUUAAAGAACCAAAUGGAAAACUGAAAUGGGACUUUUGUGCAAUCUCUCAGUGUGACCCUGGAACCACUGCAACACUUGAACCAGAGGCUGAGCCAACCUCUAUGAUCCCGACUUCUUUUGAAAGUUGUGGAAAAGUAGGAUUGAGAAGAAAUUUAAGCCGCAUCUAUGGUGGGCAGAAGACAGCUCGUGGCAGGCACCCUUGGCAGGCAUCUGUGCAACUAAAAAUUGCACUAAGUAUUUAUAAUGCAGGACACCAGUGUGGAGGAACCUUAAUUGCACCCUGUUGGGUUCUUACUGCAGCUCACUGCUUAGAAGCAAGCACUCAAGCCAAGCACUAUCAGGUACUACUUGGGAAACACAAUAUAGAUCAAACAGAACUAAAUGAACAAAAGUUCAACGUUGAACAAAUAAUUGUCCAUCCAAACUAUGAAGAAACUGAAAAUGCCUUGUACAAUGACAUUGCCUUAAUGAAAUUACAAAGUGUUGGAGGAGAGUGCAGCAAGGAAACAAAAUAUGUCCGAGCAGCAUGUUUGCCAGAUGUUGAGUUACCUCUCAACUCAGAAUGCUAUAUUUCAGGAUGGGGUGUAACUAAUGCAGGGAAUGGAUCAAAAUAUUUAUUGGAUGCAUCUGUGAAACUAAUCGCUCAACGAAUUUGCAAUAGACCAACAUCUUAUGAUGGUGUCAUUGAUAGCACCAUGAUCUGUGCAGGAAAUCUAGAAGGAGGAGUAGAUAGUUGCCAGGGUGAUUCAGGAGGACCACUGACUUGUGUGAAGGAUGGACUUUACCAGAUCUAUGGCGUAGUGAGCUGGGGCGAUCGCUGUGGGGUGAAAAAUAAACCAGGUGUUUAUGCCCGUGUCAUCAACUUCCUCAGCUGGAUUCACGGAAUAAUAUACUAA